AUGCCGCGAAUUAGAGGGUUAGGAUGGUUGGACCAAUUGGACACUUACCCUAGCGAGAAAGUCGAGUUGAAGUUUGAACAGAGGUUACUGAUUGGACAGUCAAUGAGCCGCGUCGAUUUAUUAGAAAAAGACUAUAAACAUUUUAAUGCGACAGACCUUGAAACUACUCAGAAGCACCUUGCUAUUGGGAUGGUAUUUGUUCGAGAUCCAGUUGUGGAUGGGAUCGUAAGAAUAGCAGACGCAGUAUUCUGGCUCAGAUUUGCGAAAUGCGUCGAAAAACGCACCUCCGAAGUUUUUCCCAUGAGGAAUUGGCGUGGCCAAAAUUUUGGACCAAAAAACUGCAACAUUUGGGGAGAAAAACAGGUCGAAACCGGCCAGAAAUUAUCGAAAGUUGGUACCUGUGCUGGGCUUUGGCUGGAAGCUACUCAGAAAGGGCAAAGAAUCUAUCAGAAAGGGAUUUCCCUGCAUUUCGAAAGCCUAGUGUGA